CAUUACAAGUAUUGUAUUAUUUGGUAUAUUUUGUCUUAUUUUUAGAAAUUUUAAAUUCUAUAUUUUAAUAUAAAUAAAGCCCUGUCAUGACAUUGUAGAACUCUAAAAGUGGAUGAGGAAAUGAUGGAUUCUAUAAAUGGUUUGAAUGAAAUGAACAUGGAUGACCUGGCUAUGGAUGAAUAUCUACGGAGUUUGGAUGAAAAACGUGAUGAUGAAUACAGUUUUAUCUUCAACGCGCAUCUCAGAAGCGCAGAGGAAGAGUUUAACAGAAUUGAACGUGCUCCUUCUGCUUCAAGAACAGGGUUUAAUCAGUACCCUGAACCUGCUUCAGAUCUUUCUUCGAUGUCUGAUUUCGAGGCAUAUUUCAAACCUAACAGAAAAGAAUCAAUCAUCCCAGAUCAGAAUAAGCUAGAGCAGCACAGAAUGGCCCAAAUUGCUGGAAGAUUUUUGUACAUGCAUCCAGUCUUUUUUGGUGUAUCAUCUAUACCUCUCUACGUACUAGCUGUCAUAUACCUCACUUACAGUUCUCCUGAUUAUCCUGGUUCGAUUAGCAGCAGUAAUAGUAGCAGCACUUACAGCAGUAGCAGUCUUAGUAGCACUGUUCCAUUGAUGCUGAUUCAGGUGUGGAGCAUCUGGGAUCCAAUAAUGUACAGUGUACUCAGUAUUCUGACCAGAUUUAUGUUUCAGGGUUCAGUUUACAAACUGUAUUUGUGAAAACCAAGUUACAGUCUGAAGUUUACAAAACCUAAAGAAAUAUUAUAGAAAAUCGUUCAAACGCCACCUUCCCCACACCUAGAAAUUAAUUAAGUUUUGCUUUGCCAACAAAUAAAAUUUUGUAUAGCCUGUGUCUUUGCAAGCUCGUGGUUUGACCUUUUUAUGACUUAGAUAAUUUAAAUUAACAGAAUUCAAAUAGUUUGGAAUAACUAAGGUUUACGACAUUGGGUUGCAAAGAUAUUGAGAUUAGAAUAUCACAGUUUGUGGCAAAAACUCUGUUCCUUUAACAAGAUAUAUGGGAUUCUAGAGGAAAUACAUUUUUUUCAUGUUAUGUUAUUAGAUAAAAUAAAAAAAUAUGUGACCUUUUUA